AUGCGUAAGUUGCAUCUCUGGAGGCCGUUUUUGGCGAGCAUUGCUCAACGCUGUAAUGGUGAUUUCCUCCUCCGUGACGUCUUUUCGGAGCUGGACGCGUGUGACAUAACGCAACAGAGUAAUCAACUAAAAAUGGAGAGUUCGGCAUCUCCGAAAAAGACGAGCAGCGGCGGCGGCGCGACUGCCACUCCAGCAGUAAAUGCCACUACGGAAGAAGCGGAUAUUCUUACGGAGGUGUCAAGGCAACAACACCUUCAACGACAAUUACAGGGAGCCAGAGAUCAAGCUGCGUUGUCCCAGGCGGAGGAAGUGAGGAAAGAAGAGUUACGGCGCCAUGCCCGCUAUGUUGCCUCACCUCCUGCGGCGCUGCAUCUCUCUACUGCAGAGUUGAUACAGGAAAAGGCUCCACAGCAUUUCACCCCCGCGGAAAAUUCUUCAUCAAAGCUUUCUGCACUUCCCCACCUGGAGUCGCCGGGGACUGUUGCAGUGGUCACCUUAGUCGGGAAAGUUCUCUCAGAGGCACAGAUGCACGGCGAAGAGGCUUCUACGGAAGGCAUGAAUGACUCUUCUGUGGAAGAAAAUGGACCGCAUGCCUUCUUUUUUGUGGAAUACAGUGUGCCUUUUCUGCCUUUAUCAAAACCAGUCACUGUGCAGGUGCGUUGCUACGGUGUUACUCUGGCAUCGUUUGCCACUAGACACGUCAAGAUGGGUGAUUUAGUGCAUGUUCUAGGACAUGUGCUGCCUCUUGAUCCCAGUACUUCUAGAGAGCCUGCAUUUUGUGUCUGCGCACUCCCCGUUGGGGGUAAUAUCUCUGUUGUGCUUUCGGCAGAGUGUGCCACUGCAUAUUGA